CCCGUGGCGCCGCAGGGGCCGACGGGAGCAGCGGCCGCGCUGAAGAGGGCCGACAUGGCGGCGACGGCGGCUUCGCUUCGCGGGGCGGUGCUGGGCCCGCGGGGCGCGGGGCUGCCGGGCGCGCGGGCCCGGAGUUUACUGUGCGGCGCGCGGCCCUGCCAGCUCCCGCUGCGGACGCCACAGGCAGUGUCCUUGUCGUCGAAGGCCGGUCUGUCCCGGGGCCGGAAAGUGAUGCUCUCAGCGUUGGGCAUGCUGGCGGCAGGGGGUGCAGGGCUAGCCGUGGCUCUGCAUUCGGCCGUGAGCGCCAGUGACCUGGAGCUGCACCCCCCCAGCUAUCCGUGGUCCCACCGUGGCUUCCUGUCUUCCCUGGACCACACCAGUAUCCGGAGGGGUUUCCAGGUGUAUAAGCAGGUGUGCUCCUCCUGCCACAGCAUGGACUACGUGGCCUACCGCCACCUGGUGGGUGUCUGCUACACAGAAGAUGAAGCUAAGGCGCUCGCAGAAGAGGUGGAGGUUCAGGACGGCCCCAACGAGGAUGGGGAGAUGUUCAUGCGGCCAGGGAAGCUGUCUGACUACUUCCCCAAGCCCUACCCCAACCCUGAGGCCGCUCGAGCAGCCAACAAUGGAGCACUGCCCCCUGACCUCAGCUACAUCGUGCGAGCUAGGCACGGUGGUGAGGACUACGUCUUCUCCCUGCUAACCGGCUACUGCGAGCCGCCCACCGGUGUGUCAUUGCGAGAAGGUCUCUAUUUCAACCCCUACUUUCCUGGCCAGGCCAUCGGCAUGGCUCCUCCCAUCUACACUGAGGUCUUGGAGUAUGACGAUGGCACCCCAGCUACCAUGUCCCAGGUAGCCAAGGAUGUGUGUACCUUCCUGCGCUGGGCAUCCGAGCCAGAGCAUGACCAUCGCAAACGCAUGGGGCUCAAGAUGUUGAUGAUGAUGGGCUUGCUAUUGCCUCUGGUCUAUGCCAUGAAGCGGCAUAAGUGGUCAGUCCUGAAGAGCCGGAAGCUGGCAUAUCGGCCACCCAAGUGACCCUACCCAACGUCUGCUUGCCGUCUUGCCUGAACAGGCCCGCAAGCCAAGGAGCCACCCUGGACCUGUUCAGGCCUCAGCUGGCCCGCUUGGCCAAGCUCCUCUUUCUUUGGGACAAGAGGGAAAGGGGCCAGAGACCAGGUUCUAGCUCCAGAUCCUUCAGCCCCCAUCAUGGAAAUAAAUUAAGUUUCUCAACACA